AUGGCCAGUUUGUCUGCCAGUCCUCGAGAAUCUAGAACAAUGGGCUUACCAGCAGCUCAAGGUGCCGUGCCACAAGAGCCUUGCGUUGUUACCGUUCCUAACCGGAACGGUGGAGUCUUUGGCGAGUUAAACCCACUCGAUGAUCCACUGGAGAUCCUCUUUGCAAGUGCGGAGGGACUUCACGCUCAUGGGCAUAGUUCCGAAGCUUGUGAAUUGGGCAUAGAAUUGGCAACAGAACUAUUAGCAAAUACACCCGAUUUGAUGGUUGAGUUGCCUCCUGUCAUCACGCAGAAUGGCAAGAAAAUGAAGACGAAUCCUGCUUGUCAUCAAAUUAGCUUUGGCGGAAAAUUGCGACUAUUACCAUCUCGCCUUCAGGGUAGAAAUGUUUGGAUUGGAAUUGGCACGGCCACCUGCUACAACGAAACCAUUAGAAGUGAACUGGCUCACCAAGAAUCUGAGUUGGUUACACUAUUGAAACGAAUACCUUUAGGUCAUCCAUAAUUGUCGAUUGAGUGAGAAAGCUGAAGAAUUACCAGAUGGCAUAUUACGACCAUACCAUCAUAUCACGAAGCAUUGGUCACUGUGUCAGGAGCACAGCAAGUUCUUGCUGACGAGACUCUUGGACUCUUUCGCUUCGAAGCAGCCGUGUCUGCCCUAGGAUUUAAGGCAAAUGUAUCGGAGGCGGACCAUCCUCUGCUUUGUGAAGUAACGCGUCGUCAACGAGAUGAUCUCGCUGUCAUGUUACUGGUUCAUUACAAGGACGACCCAGACAAGCUAGCCAAAAUUAUGAAAAGCUACU